GUAAGGUCUCUGUCUCCAUAGUUGGUAGUUCCGCAUGUGCUCGGCCAUCGCACAAACUCGGCUUUUUGUGCUCAAUAAUCCCACCGCCCAACCUUUUCCCUGUCAUUCUUUUGUCAUUUAAGUCCCCUCCUUCCUACAUAUAACUGCUCGCUUAUUGCUUAAGCUAAGCUAGUGUUUUAUUAUCAGCUAUAUUAGCUGCAUGCCCGUUUUCUGAUCAAGUCAAAAACAGGCCGGCCGGUGAUCAGAUCAAACAAGAACCCAAAUUAAACAGGAAAGGAAGGGGUAAAGCUAAGGCACAAACAAAUUAAAAGCAGAGGAGCAAAAGAUGGCAGAUGAAGAAGAGCCUCCGGCCUCCCCUUUUGUGCUCUACGUGGAUUUGCAUUGUUUGGGAUGCGCUAAAAAGAUCGAAAGAUCCAUUGUCAAAACCAGAGGGGUUGAAGGUGUAGUGAUAAAUAUGUCAACAAACCAAGUGACAAUAAAAGGAGCAGUGGAGCCUAACGCAAUUUGUACCAAGAUUACCAAUAUAACAAAGAGAGGUGCCAAGUUACUCUCACCUUUACCAGCUGCUGAGGGCGAACCUACGCCAGAAGUAGUUUCUUCUCAGGUAAUUUAUAUACUACGGUAUUUUUCAAUAACACGUCUUAUUAUUGUAUCUUUCAACUCAUAUAAUUAAUUAAUAUAGUACUAUCAUAUUAUCACUAAUCAUCUAGGGCUAUGGGGCAAGUCCCCGGCUUAUUACUUUCUGUCCCCACAUUUAGUAGAAGUGUAUCACUAACCCGCACGGAUAGCUCAACGGUAGUUGAGUGGUGUAGUUAUAUCGAUGUCUCAUGUUCAAUUCCUAAGCGCGGCAUCGUGGGAGUUUCAUCAAACGUGACGGUUAAUUGUGCGCACCAGGCAUGCACUACCUCGCUGAUAAACUAUUUAAAAUCAUAACUGAUAGAGUAUAUGGGCGUGGACCCCAUGGCCCACAUACUCAAGUCAACGAUGGCCAGAAGAACACCCACGUGGCCCCCUUCGGCCAGUAGGUCCGCAUCGGCCAGAAACCAAACCGGCCCAGGAAGCACGCAUGGACUCCCGGGACCGCAUCGGCCCAUGGACCGCAUCGGCCAUGGGACCGCAUCGGCCAAAAGGCACCGCAUCGGCCCGGCUUCGUACGGGCAGAAUGCAUCUCUCUACUUUAUUUAUUAAGUAUUGUACACAGCCCAUUAGUGGCCCAAUUUCGCCCAAAGAAGGCAUGAUUAUUGUAAUGGGCCUCCUAAGCCCAAGGCUAGGGGCCCAAAUCCACAUUUUUACCUAUAAAUAGACCCCAAGGGGCUAAUUAUAGGGGGUUCCAAGUUGAGAAAUACAAUUACUCACUUUCUCUCUCUAGCUCUCACUUCUCUCUAGAAUUAAUACUCCAUCAUUUGGUGCUCUCGUUGAGAGCUUAGAACAGAUCAAGUGAGUACCCUUCGUCGCUACUAGACACUACCACUAGCUAUGACAAGAACUAGGUCAAAGAACACCGGUAGGAAUGCCCCUCUGAACCAGGAAGGGCAGGGAAACGUUGCUGACAACGUCCCCAAUGACUUCAUCAACCAGGAUGAGAACGCUCAGGAGAUCGAGCACGCGACGGCUGACCUUCGCGUCCAGCUCAACAAGACUGCCCCAGACGCCCGCAUCGGGCUCGAGGACAGGCGCAAUGCUGAUCGCGCUUCGGGCCAGCAGGCUUCUCACCCUGCUGCCCCCCAGAUCAACCCGGCUGCACUAUCGGCCAUUGUUGCGAGCAUCCUUCAGGACCCCAACGUGGUCAGCGCUCUCGUCGCAAAGACAGGGGAGAACAACACUCCGGCAACUGGAGAGGUCGCAACGGUGCCACCACCGCCACCUCGUCCGCAAGGCGUCACCUUCUUCGGUGACAACGAGGCCGUCCUCGCCGUGGACACCCAUUCCCACACUGCCUCACCUACCCGGGAUAACCCGGCCCAACCUCGCGGUAAAAUCUCAGCCUUCAACAGGCUGGGUGACAUCGCGAGCCGUCGGGUACCUACGGGAGGGGUGGCGGGUCGGUUGGGUGGCCGCGAGCCGGGGUCGCCAAAGGAAAGCUUCGGGUCCGUUUCCCGAACAACGGACCGGCCCCGACCUGACAAAGGCAAAGGAAAGUUGAAUGAUGAUGAUGCGCGCCACCAAAUCAACCUCGCACACGCGGCCCGGACCCAGACCCCUCUGGGCGUCGCCACGGCCAACGCAGACCCAAGGGAUGAGAUCAUCGCCCGCUUGGAGAAGCGCCUCGCUGACAUGGAGGCCCGAGAGGCCGCAGGGCGCGCAUUGGCCCAGACAUCCCAUCACCCCAACUACGACGCGCUCCUAAGCAAGGUCAGUGCUCUGGAAAGAGAGUUGGCUGACCGGCGCGAUGAGCCUGUCAUCCAAAUACGGACUAGAACCCCCUUCUCUGCGAGGGUGCUCUCCGCUCCCAUCCCGGAGAAGUACAAGGGGAAUCCGAUCAAGCCGUAUGACGGCCGCACUGAUCCUCAGGAGCAUUUCACCCGCUAUCAGAACAACAUGAUGAUGACCAACGCUUCGGAGGAAUACAUGUGCCGCUGGUUCCUUUCCACCUUGGAGGGACCAGCGUACGAUUGGUUCAACAACCUUCCGGAGGGGAGCAUCGACUCAUGGCAGGACCUUGCUCAACGCUUCCUCACUCACUUUGCCGGGAGGAAACGCGCGAAGAAGCAUUUCGCUCAUCUCCUGACCAUCAAACAACAGCCGGAGGAGACGCUCCGAGCCUUCCUCGACCGCUGGACGAGGGAGGCGGACGAAUGCGAGGGAGCCGAUGAACGCACCCUCCUGGCCUUCCUCCGCGGAGCACUCCGGCCGAGCCACUUCGCCCGGAGCCUGUUCACGGAGCCUCCGCGGUCAUACCUCGCGGCGCUCCGACGCGGAGAUAGGCAUGCUGAUGCCGACGAGCUCCUGAACCAGAAGAAGGGUGGGGAGAAACAACAAAAGGACUCCUCGUCCAACCCCCACCACCCGCCGGCCAACAAGGGACAGCACCAGCCAAAGAAGGCACACCAGGAACAAGGCGGACAGCGAAGGGAUGACCGUUCAUGGCGUCCAAAGUUGGAGGCACAACGCAUCCCCCUCACCCACCCGGUGAGCGUCGUCCUCGACCACGCCGAGGCGCAGGGCCUCAUUGUGAAGGACCCCAGGUCGGAGGAGGAGAUAUUUGCGGUCCACAAAGGAGGGACAUACUGCAAGUACCACCGCCAGACAUCCCACAAGACCGAAGAUUGCACCACCCUGAAGAGGCACAUCGACGGCCUCAUCCGACAGGGGGAACUUUCCCAAUUUGUCAAGGGUGCCCCCAAGAGUAACACUUGGGUUAACCCUGGCAAAAGGGGGGAAGGAUCCUCCGGGAAGAAGAGGGAGAUCGGCGCCCUCAGUGAAGAUGAGGAGGAAGAGGAGCCCCGCCAGAAAAAGCAUCACAUUCACAUCAUCGUCGGCGGAAACACAGGGGGGGACUCGGCUACCCAACGGAAAAAAUGGGCUCAGUCCCUAUACGUUGGUGAGGUAACCCACGCUCCCCCUCAGCCGAAGCGGCGGCAUUUGGAAGCCAUCACUUUCACCGACAAGGACCUCCCCUUCGGCCCCUUGCCCCACAGGGACGCCCUCGUCGUCAAAUGCGAGAUUGGCAACAACAUCAUCCACCGCAACUACAUCGACACUGGCAGCUCCGUCAAUGUGAUGUACGUUGAUACAUUCAGACAGCUGAAGCUGAAGAAGACCGAGCUCCGGCCGAUACGGACUCCGUUAUCCGGCUUCACCGGGGACUCUAUCGACGCCGAGGGCACGAUAGUGCUUCCCGUUGUGGUCGGUGACGGUACCUGUCAGGCGAAGAUUGACAUGGAGUUCGUGGUCGUCAACCUGGACAGCGCCCAUAACAUGAUUUGGGGACGACCGGCCUUGGAGGACCUUGAGGCCAUCAUCUCCAUGAGACAUCUAUGCCUCAAGUUCCCCACCAAGGACGGCGUCGGCUACGCCAGAGGAAACCAGAAGAUAGCCAGGGCUUGCUACCUGAGGCUCACAAGAAAGAUUAAUGAGGCCGAGGAGCGGAUAGACACUAUCACCACCGCCUCGGCCGAAGAAGACACACCGAAGGCUGAACCGGUCGGAGACGUGGAAGACGUUCCGUUGGACGUCUCCCGGCCGGAACGCACGCUGAAGAUUGGGACACAGCUCCCCCAACAGUUCCGAAGGGACAUCCUCUCUGUCCUGAGAGCGUACGCCAUCGUCUUCGCAUGGGGACCAGAGGACAUGCCGGGCAUCAGCCCGAAGGUAAUCACACAUCGGCUAUCGGUGAACCCGGCCUCCUCCCCCAUCAAGCAGAAGAAGCGCUACCUCUCAGCCGACAGGAGGGAAUUUGUCAAAGCCGAGGUAGCCAUGCUGCUCUCCAUCAAGCACAUAAGAGAGGUGAAGUACCCCACGUGGUUGGCGAACGUCGUCCUCGCACCAAAACCGCCCACGUUCAGAAUGUGUGUUGAUUACACUGACCUGAACAAGGCGUGCCCGAUGGACCCAUUCCCUCUCCCCAACAUUGAUCAGUUGGUGGAUGAGACGGCGGGAUGCGAGUUGAUGUCGUUCCUCGACGCGUUUAGAGGGUACCACCAGAUAUCCAUGCACGAAGAUGACGCGGAGAAGACUGCUUUUAUGACCCCGGAGGGAAUUUUUUGCUACCUCGUCAUGGCCUUUGGGCUCAAGAACUCCGGCGCCACCUACACAAGGAUGGUAGCCCGGAUUUUUAGAGCAGUCUUAGGUCGGACGAUGGAAGCAUACGUCGACGAUAUGAUCGUCAAGAGCAAACAAUCCACAACUCAUGCCGACGACCUCCGGGGCAUCUUUGAGAUCAUGAAGAAAUACAACCUCCGGCUCAACCCGAAGAAGUGCACCUUCGGCGUCCAGGGAGGUAAAUUCUUGGGGUACCUGGUCAGCCGAAGGGGCAUCGAGGUGAACCCAGAAAAGAUACAAGCCAUUAUCAACAUGGAGCCGCCCCGCAACAUAAAGGAGGUGCAACGGCUGACGGGACGCCUCGCGGCCCUGAACCGUUUUCUCUCAAAAUCCGCUGAGAAGUCUCUCCCCUUUUUUCAAAUAAUGAGGAAGGCCACCAGCUUCAAAUGGACGACGGAGUGCCAGCAAGCCUUUGAGGAGCUGAAGCAAUAUCUCGCCUCCCCACCCGUCCUAUCCAAGCCCCAACCCGGCGAGACUCUCUUCCUUUACUUAGGAGUGAGCACGUCGGCCGUCAGCUCCGUACUCAUCAGGGAGGAUGACGGGGUACAAAAAGCUAUAUUCUACGUCAGCAAGACGUUACGAGAAGCUGAGCUUAGGUACUCCCCCAUUGAGAAGACAGUGCUGGCCAUCGUCCACACGGUGAAAAAACUUGGGCACUACUUCCAGGCUCACCCCGUCCACGUCCUCACGCAUCAGCCGUUGGGAGCCCUCAUGAGGAGCCCAACCAGCUCUCCAAGAAUGAUCAAAUGGGCGAUAUUCCUGAGCCAGUACCAGAUUGAGAUCAAGCCGAGGCCAUCCAUCAAAGGGCAAGCCUUAGCUGAUUUCGUCACAGAGUGCACGGCAAGGGAGACGGCCGUUACCACCACAGGAGCUGAAUCGGACGACGCCUGGACCCUCUACACGGACGGGUCCUCGGCCACCAAAGCUUGUGGGGGUGGCGUCGUCCUCAUCUCCCCGGAAGGUUUCAGGGCGUACUACGCCAUCCGCUUCAACUUCAAAGUAUCCAACAAUGAGGCCGAGUAUGAAGCGCUCCUCAGCGGACUCAGACUGGCCGCCGGCCUCAAAGCACGCCACGUCAGAAUCAAAUGCGACUCCAAACUCGUAGUGAGCCAGAUGGAGGGUUCCUACGAGGCCAAAGAAGGGAGGAUGAAGCAAUACAAGGAGGCCGCUGCGGAAUUGCUCAAGGCGUUCGAUACCUACGAGAUCACUCAGAUCCCAAGGGCGGAGAACGCCGAGGCCGACAUCCUCUCCAAACUCAGCUCCGACACCCCGGAGCACAUCUCCAAGAUAGCUAAGGUGGAGGAGUUGAGCAUGUCAAGCAUUCACGCUAGCCCCAUACUCUCCAUACAACACCAACCGGAGGACUGGAUCACUGACAUCGCAACCUACAUCGCUUCCGGCACACUACCUGAAGACGAGGAGAGGGCCAAACUCGCCAAACUUAGGGCGCCAAGCUAUGUCAUUGAGGGUGACAAGCUCUACAAAAGAUCAUACAAUGGCACCCUCCUCCGGUGCCUCCACCAGAAUGAGGCCGAAGUGGCCAUGGAGGAAGUCCACUGCGGUGUAUGCUCAUCGCACCAGGGACCCUUCAGCAUGUCGCGUCGCCUCGUCGUCCAAGGCUACUUCUGGCCGACGAUGGCACGCGAUUGCGCUGAAGUCGCCCGCAGAUGCAGCGCAUGCCAACACUACCAAAGAGCACCUGGCCGACCCGCCGUCAACUACGCCCCGGUCAGCACUGCCAUCCCAUUUUCCAGAUGGGGCAUCGACCUCGUCGGCCCGCUACCAAGAGCCGCGGGGAACAACAGAUACAUCAUCGUCGCCAUCGAUUACUUCACCAAAUGGGUCGAGGCCGAAGCACUUGCAAGCAUCACCGGGGCACGGUGUCGAAAGUUCGUCUACAAGAACAUCCUCACCCGCUUCGGCGUGCCUCAGGAGAUCAUAUCAGACAACGGCACCCAGUUUGAGGCCGAACCGUUCCAAAGCCUCCUCCAAGAAUGGGGUAUCAAGCACCGUUUCUCCUCCGUCGCCUACCCCCAGGCCAACGGGCAAGUUGAGAACGCCAACAGAACCAUCUUGGAGGGGCUAAAGAAGAAACUCGAGGAAGAAGGCGGAAGUUGGGUCGACAAGCUCCCCAACGUCCUAUGGUCCUACCGCACAACGCCGAGGAGGGCCACCGGGGAGACACCCUUCUCCUUGUGCUACGGCUUCGAAGCCAAGGCUCCCACUGAGGUGACGCUUCCCAGCCGACGGGUCACACAAUACGACCCCGAAGCCAAUGAAGAAGCCAUGAAGAUUGACUUGCACCUCAUUGAAGAAAGACGGGAGAUAGCUUACCUUCGGGCAGAAAACUACAGACGCCAAGUCAAAUCCUACUAUGACGCCAAGGUACGCUCCCGCGAAUUCCAAGUGGGGGACUACGUCCUCCGCCGAAGGGAAGCAAGCAAGCCGACGGAAGGAGGAAAGCUCGCCGUCAAAUAUGAAGGGCCCUACAUCAUCAGCGCCGUCAUCAAAGCCGGCACUUAUAGACUAAAGAACCCUAAUGGGUCAGAUGUACCACGAUCGUGGAAUGUACACCACCUGGUGAAAUUUUACCAAUGACUCGAGAAGCGGUGAAGCGGGCAACGUCCCCCACCCCUCGGCUUAGUGGUUGAAUAAAACACCCCCGGCCUAGCGCCAAUUAUUGAAUAAAAUUCAUGUUUCAUCCAAUCUUUUAAGAUUUGAAGGGAAACCUAAGGACCGCAUCGGCCUAAGUGGUGCAAUCACCCGGGUCCGAUGCGACCUAAAGCCGUCGCAAUAAACGACGCACCCAAAGCCGUUGCAAUAAACAACGCACCUAAAGCCGUCGCAAUAAACGACGCACCCAAAGCCGUUGCAAUAAACAACGCACCUAAAGCCGUCGCAAUAAACGACGCACCCAAAGCCGUUGCAAUACACAACGCACCUAAGGCCGUUGCGAUCCACAACGCGCCUACUAAGCCGUUGCAAUAAACAACGCACAUAAAUAUCGUAUCGGCACAAGCGGUGAAAUACCCAAAUCGGCCGGCGAUAUGCAGGACGAAGGACCUGUGUGCAUGGUCCAACGUCUUCAAAAACGGAGAAGCAUACCGCGUCGUCCGCGCGGAAACCGCAGGACGACAAGCCUGAAUUAAGGCUGAGGUUACAAAAACUCCACCCGUCAGUAAAAUUUCGCUCAGGACCACAAAGGGCGGCCGUCAUGAGACGAUGCCUAGUCCGGUCCCUCGUCGACGAUAGACGUGGAAAGGCAAAAAAGAUGCCACUGACACCAAGCCGAGGGCGUAUUUACUCCCUCGCACUAAUCCACGCGAAAAGCGUAGCGGACAAAAUACCGCACAUGGACGAAGGGACAUUAACCCUUCGGCUACAAAAAAAAAAAAAAAAAAAAAAAAAAAAAAAAGAGGGAAGCCGACGGACCGCGCACUCGCCGGCCUCGAGCAAGAAAUAAAAUCCCCACAAAAACCAAGCCUUAAAAUCGGCUAAGUACAUAUCAGGUUUUCACUAUACAAAGAUCCGAAGUGCAUGCUUCGACCCCAACCAUAGCUUCACAAAAGGAAAACGCUUCGGCUUCGGUUAUACAAGACCACGGUCCAUUAUUUGGACGAAGGGGCGCAUCGUCUCCGCGUAGCAAAACCCAAGUGAACGAACCAAGGUAAAACAGCUCCAUCAAGGCAAGCUUGACACUUAGAACAUUUUCUAAGUCACACUACAAGAGAGACGAUGCGUUACCAUUCUAUAUCGGGGUACCGCUUCGUCCUCAACACUUCAAGACUAAGCCCCAAAACUUGAGGCGUGGACAAGAUCCGCCAAGGAAGAAAUAAAAAUUCACUAAGGGACGAGGAGACGCAUCGUCCCCAAGGACAGUAAAGGCGAGAAAAUCGCUACGUCUCAAUCAAGGGACGCCAACGACCUCGAGACACAGCCUUGACACUUGGAAAAAUUUUACAAAGGACAAACAUACUUAACUACAAAGACGACGAGGGAAUCAUGAUGAGGAAAGGAGUUGUCAUUAAUGGAUGCAAAAAUACAACGGGUGGGCGCUUCGGCCAUUACAUGCACUUUGGUGCUAAAGCUAUAAAAGUAAUAAAAAAGUUAAGUACAAGCUACGCUGCCUCAUCGGCUUGCUCUUUGCUCUGGCCGACGUCCUCUCCGCUGCCGCCACCAGCAUCAUCACCACCAGCAUCCUCAUCAGCCUGGGAAUCGGCAGGCCCCUCGAGCAAGUAGUCGUCACUGUCACUCCACGGCUCUUCCCCUUCGGACGAACUCAAGAUCGGAGGCUGCCUCUCCGGUAGGGGAAGCUUCAAAUCCUCAUCGGGAUUCUUCAUUCGCCGAGGGAGACUCAGACCCCUCGGCCUCAUCUUCCGGAAGCGACGACGAAGCUUCCUGUAAAUCAGCUUCUGCAUUCUGUACUGACCGCAGUCGUAGAAAGCUUGCAUCUCGUUCAUCCAGAAUUCUUGGCCGGCGGGGUCCUUCGUCGUCCAAUCAUUCAACCUCUCAGCAACCACCUCAUAGCAGAAGGGGAGCUGGUCAUCGGCUUUCCACCCCUCGGCCUUGAAAUCAACCACGGCCUUCUCGGCGGCCUUCUCGGCGUCAGCCUUGAGCCGUUCAGCCUCCUCGGCUCUCUGGAUGGCAGCAGCAAUGGACUCAUCGGCCUUCUUCCGGGCUGCUUCGGCCUCAUCAAGCCGGAUCUGGAGAAGCCUCAUCUCAUCCUCGGCAGCCUUGGCCUUGUCCUUGAGAUCCUGGAGGGCCUCAUCGGCUGAAGCAGCCCUAGCCUCCACUUUCUUGAGCCGCUCUAUCUCGGCCUCCUGCCUCCAAUGCUGCUCCCUCAACAUAAGGGCGCCCUGGACGAAGCAGAAUAGAGUUAGAGAUAAAAAAUAAAAGCAAAGGAAAAAUUAUAAGGGAAAAUAUCUUACCUGGACGACGUAGUCCAUCCCUCCGUCGUAUAGCCGAACAUGUUGGCCUUGCCGGCCGAGAUACUGACGAUCAUACUCAGGCAUAGCCUGAGCGAGCAUGUCGUCUCCACCAACGGUCUCAUUAAAGAGACCACCUUUCACGGGGUAUCGUACGGUGACUUCGUACGACCCCUUAGCCAGAGCCUCCUCCAGACGGGCAGCAGCGGCCGUAGAGGGAGGCACACGAGAAGCCGAGGCUACCAUAGCCGAGGAAGGGAGAUCAUUCACAGGAGGGAGCGCCGGCGGCGGAACAUCCGCAACGGCCUGUGAAGAAGGGACGCCGGCCUCGUCAGUAGUAGGAGCCCUCUUCGUCUUCUUCGAAGCCUGGCUCAGCUUCAGACCCGCUUCGGCCAAAGUCUUUUGACCCUCAUCAGCAGCCCUCUUACUCUUCUUAGAAGCAGGUCUCUUGACGGCCUCAGCACCCCCCUGGGAACCGCCCGCAGACUUCUUUGCUGCCUCGGCAGCUUGAGCAGCUUUCAACUCCGCGUCGGCCUUCCUGGCAGCCCGAGCCAUGAAAGACAUCCGAUCCAUAUUGAAACCUGCACAAAGAUACAAGGGUUAGCAAAGGAAAACAAAACAUCACACAAGGAUAAAGAAAAGAAGUCAACCUUCGGCCUCGGCAGGCACACCAAGAUGAGGACCGUCGGCCUGCUCAUAAGACCCCACCAUCUUCGGCCAAAGAUCAUCAUCGACGUCACCUGGGCAAUAGUAUCGCACGAAGCCGAGGGCAGCCAUCCGGUAUUCAGUAACAUACGUCUUAAUGCUCCUCGGCCCCCCCUUAAUAAAGGCUUCUACCUGAUUGCUUAUUUCGGCACUCCAAGGGGGGGUAUGCAACUCAAAGAGGCCGCUGUGACCAUUGGAAGGAAAGAACCCACCCCGACCCAAGGUGACGAACACGAACUUAGCCUUCCAGCCAUGAAUGGACGUAGGGAGAUCCGUAAACGACCUCCUCCCACUAAUCUGCUGCAGAGUUGCAUAGCCGGCACAAUUUUGAUGACUCCCUCGGCCUAUCCGGAACAGGUUCAUAAACAGAGCAGUCGUCGGCGGAAUCCCCAACUCUUUACACCGGAUCAGAAAGCCGAUGAUGAGCGAAAAGCUGUUGGGAGUCAACAAGGCCGGAGGGAGCUCCACCAUCUCAAGAUACUCCUUGAUGAAGGGAUGAAGAGGGAAUCUCAGACCCUUAGCAAAGCUCAUCGGGUAGACACCAAAAUAGCCCAAAGGCGGGUUCAGAACAUGAUCCGACGGCAAGGGGGCUCUGACACGGCCGUAGGGACCCACAUACAACUGGGCGACAUGAUACUCACCGAGGGUCCCUUCCGGCCGAAUAAUAUACAAGUUGCUGAGAUCUAACUGGGAAAACCCCUGCGGUACUCCCUUACGCUGCUUCCGCCGAUACGGUUUUUUCGUCUUAGGAGCCGAGGGGCCUUCCCCCGCUACUGACGAUACCGGCGGAGGACAAGGGAUGUGGGCAGAAGAGGAUGCCUCAUCCCCCCUCAGAGGCGAGCAAGAUGUCGCUUCGUCCUCACCAGAACUACGUGCUCCCGCGUCGGCACUCAUUCUCUCCUCAUCUACAGAGGUGCGGUAGUCGGCGGUAUUCUCCAUCUCAAUCUCGAAGGCUUCAAUCAGUCGAAGAUCAACUCCAGGGGACGUAUCGUCCUCGUCAAAAGGCCAAUCCGACUCGUCCAAAGAAGCUGUCAAAUCAAUGGGGGAGGGAACGCUACGGCCGUUAGAGAACGGCAUAACACCUACACCUAUUCCUAAGGGUGGUUUUUCGGAUCAAAGUGGUUUCCCUACAAACACUAGAUCUAACCCCCUAGGAAGCAAAGUAUAAGAAAAUAAAGAAGAAACAGGCAAGAAUCUGACCUUAACGAUUUGAAGAUCCGAAGGAAGGUUGAUGAACACUUGAAGAAACCUCGGGAGCUUUCUCUCUCUAGAAAAUUGGGCAGCAAUUCGACAAACAGCAAAAGGCAAAUGAGGGAAUGGCUUCGGAGUUGGGGGUAUUUAUAGGCACCCCCCCAACGGUCACCACACGUGGCAACCCCCAAUUGGCCACCCCAGCGGCACCUCUUCUAGAACCAAUCAACGCCCGUCUUUUCACAUUCCACUCUAGGGCAACCGCUGCGGCCCAACAGGCCCCGAGACUAGGGUAGGCACCGGCCUACUCACUCAAAACAAGGAGAAACCCGCUACGGCCCAAUUUUACCAAAGGCAUGGACGCAUCAGCGAAACGCGCUACGGCCCCAAAGCAACCCCAAGAACCACAAGUACCGCUACGUCCACUCACGCGCACAUCGUUCGAUGAUGACCCUGGUAUUGCGGCCUUCGUCCAAGGGUUCUCCCACAGGGUUACCUUGGACAGGUUCGCCUAAGGGUUGGACUCACGACUAGCGCAAAGGUAUCGUAUCGGCUUGGGUACACCAUGACUCCCUUGUGCCUCAAGUACUCUUCGGCCAAAGGAGUGGGGGACUGGGGGACUGUAUCGGCUACAGAAAAAGGAGAACAGCAUAAAUGGGAACGCGACGGCCUCAACACACGGAGGAUUCGAUACAGAAAACAUUCACCUCAAUAGCAUUGCAGAUCGCAUCGGCUAAAGAGCCCAAGAAAAUAAAAACCCAAAAACAAAGUCCAGCAUGCAACGGCCACAUGCGCUGGAGGGACUGUGUCGGCCACAAGAAGAGAGAGCGCAACGGUCUUAAUAUAAAAGGGCGCAUCGGCUACAGACCCCAAAAAUUUAAAACACUAAUACAAAAAACAGCGCGCAACGACUAUGUACAUUGGUGGGACUGCGUCGGCUCACUAAAGCAUGUGAGACCUCUUCGGCCCCAACAAAUAAUGAUGAAACAGGCCAGCUUCUCUAUAAUUCACAUCUACUGGAAAGGGAAAGCGCGCCGCAUCAUCCUCAAAACACUUCACAGAGAGCGCAUCGGCCGCACCAAGGCCGUGAAUCCUCAAGCGCGCUACGUCUACAUCAAAAUGGAGCCACUUCAUCCAAAAUCAAGGCAGAAACUCUUCGGCCACCAAGCGCCUCAAGCUCUCGCAACGGCCAGCCAGGAAGGAACAAAUACUCCCUUUCGCUUCGGCUUCGCCUCAGCUCAGAGAGUGGGGGACUCCUGAUAGAGUAUAUGGGCGUGGACCCCAUGGCCCACAUACUCAAGUCAACGAUGGCCAGAAGAACACCCACGUGGCCCCCUUCGGCCAGUAGGUCCGCAUCGGCCAGAAACCAAACCGGCCCAGGAAGCACGCAUGGACUCCCGGGACCGCAUCGGCCCAUGGACCGCAUCGGCCAUGGGACCGCAUCGGCCAAAAGGCACCGCAUCGGCCCGGCUUCGUACGGGCAGAAUGCAUCUCUCUACUUUAUUUAUUAAGUAUUGUACACAGCCCAUUAGUGGCCCAAUUUCGCCCAAAGAAGGCAUGAUUAUUGUAAUGGGCCUCCUAAGCCCAAGGCUAGGGGCCCAAAUCCACAUUUUUACCUAUAAAUAGACCCCAAGGGGCUAAUUAUAGGGGGUUCCAAGUUGAGAAAUACAAUUACUCACUUUCUCUCUCUAGCUCUCACUUCUCUCUAGAAUUAAUACUCCAUCAAUAACCAUGAUUAAUGAUUUAUUCUUACAACAUUUGAUAAUGUCGAGAUAUGCAUUACUACAUUUCAGUAUCUAUUGUAUCAGCUAGAAGUGUUACAACAUCAAUAAAAGUUGUUACAUUUGGCUAAAGGUAACACUUUUUCUCCAUUACAUUUGUUUGCGUUGCAUUUGACAUAUUGUAACACUUUUUAGUUUCUAAUGUAACACUUAACGCGGGCGAGCUAAAAGUGUUACAUUUGAUGCUAAAAGUGUUACAUUUAAAUUAAAUGUCACAAUAGAGAAUAAGUGUUACUUUUACCAAGUGUGUUACAAAUUAACAAUUUUGUUGCACAAAAAUAUAGUGUUAGAUUUAGGGAAUAUUGUUACUUUAUCUAUGAACUAUUACAUUUAACCAACAUGUUUGAGUCGGUUUGACACACUGAAACACAUCCACAUACAAAUUAGAAGCUUAGAAAAAUAAUAUUUCAUUAAACGGAAUUUAGUGAAAUACAUUAUUCAUAAAUAAGAAGCUCUACUUUACCAUACAGAGUAACAAAUAACAAUCAUUCAAAAGGUGAAGUAUUGAAACAAUUUAAGAGAAAUAAAAUGAUGUCGAGCUCAUGGAGGACUCUGUAUCUCCCACAAAAGUCACUUGUAGUAAAAACUUGUACACUAGUUAAUCAUAGUUAAACAGUGAACUGUGAACAUAUGGAUGUUUCAUUCAUUGGAUUGUUGUUUCCACCCUUCAAUCCCCUGGAAAUUAAAUUAAGAAAUCCAAAUUAGCAUACGAGAAAUUAAAGAGUAGAAUUGAUCUAGGUGAAGAAUUGAUCACAUGGUAAAUAUAUUUUCAGUUCCUGAUUAAUAACAUCCUUGUAAUAGUCAAAAAAGAAUAAAAGUAGCUCUAAUUUAUUUGUUCUUUACAGUCUUCCACAUUCAGAUUAUCAAUUCUUUUAUCAACUUCUAGAUAAGGAAAUUGAUGGCUUUUCAAAAAUAACACAUAACACACCUAGCUCAUUCUACAAUGUUAUGUUAUAAUCUACCAAGGUAUAUCACAAUCAUGAUAUACCAAAACUUAUAGCUUUACCAAGGUGACCAUUCAACAUUUUGUAAAUUAAUGAAAACUACGGAGUAAUUUUUACUUUCUACUUUAGAGUUUAAAGAAAUCACCGAGGAGCUUCAUUAAUUAGAAACAAACAGAUCAGAAGUAAAAGAAAGGAUGAGUACCUACUUACAUAUACCAAUCUGAAUAUCCACCUCCCAAACACAACAAUUAGAUCCAGUAAUUAGAACAUCAAGCAUAUGACUAUCUUUUAUAUCCAUAUAAAAGAAGUAUGCCAAUGUUACAAAGAAUGGAAAAAGCUAAUAGGCUAAUAUAAUUAGGAAUCUACCUAAUAGAUAUUUAGGAAUAUUCCUAAUAUCUAUUUAGGAAUACUUUGUAUUUUGGCAACUCUUCUAUUAUAAAUAUAUCUGUCAGGACUCCUAUUGGAGUACCUCUUUCCCAUUAUUUCACAUGAUAUCAAGAGCUCUAGGUUUGUAGAUACAAUUUUUUUCUUUUUUCGGUUCCCAUGAACCUUAUUAUAUCCGCCGCCGCCUCGGGGUCGACUGCCGCCACAUUUACGGUAGUCUCCGAUCCUUUGAAGAUGAGCGCGGCUAAUAUGGCGCAGAUCACCUCCUUCACGUCGCUGAACACGGUGCUUGCUUCUAGCGUGCCGUUGAGUUCGCCGCCUGCUGCUGCCUAUGUCCGCGCAGCCCACCUUCUUUGCGUCGCUGACCACGGUGCUUGCUUCAAGCGCGCUGUUGAGUUCGCCGCUUGCUGCUGCAGACAUAUAUUCUCAUGGAGAUCUUAUUGUCAAAGAUGUGCCUUCUAAUCUUCCACUCACAGAUAUAUUUACUAAGAGUUUUUUUUAGUUUGCAAUUUCAUUUUUUUAAAAGACAACCUGCGUGUUGUAUCUCCCGCACAGUUUGAGGGGUGUAAUAGGCUAAUAUAAUUAGGAAUCUACCUAAUAUAUAUUUAGGAAUAUUCCUAAUAUCUAUUUAGGAAUACUUUGUAUUUUGGCAACUCUUCUAUUAUAAAUAUAUCUGUCAGGACUCCUAUUGGAGUACCUCUUUCCCAUUAUUUUACAAAAGCAAACUUCAUACUACGUAUUACCUAAAUUGUUGGAGGUAUUGGUCCUACCAAGGCCUCCCUUCCACUUUAUUUGUUGAGGCUUGCACACUCUAUUUUAUUCUCCCUUGGAUACCUUUUCUUUGGUAUAUAUCCUGAUCAAAUAUAUACCUAUUUGAGUGGUUUGACUUACCCACUUGGCUGGCCCCUCCUCUGCUUCUGUCCGUUGCACUUCUUGUCUUGGUAGCAUGUGAAGUUUCUUUGUAUUGCAUCACCCGUGACCAUUUGUCUUUGUUCACCCGUGAGUGCCUAAUAGGCAAGAUAUCUAUUAUAAAGUCAACCCUCCCUUUGCCUUUGAGAGCAGCCUGCGUGAGUAUACUUCCAGAGAGCAGAGCUCCCUUUCUUCCUCCUUUGUGUGAGCAUAAGUUAGGUCCUUAGUGGAGAGAAAAAUAUGUGUGUGCUAUAGCCUCCUCCUAAGUGUGGUGUGUGAGAGUGUGUGUUGAAAGACCUGAGCCGGAGACGGAUAUACGAUCCUUACAGUGGUAUCAGAGCGAGGUUCGCCGUCUGCCGCCAUCCGCCGCCGGUCGACGAUUCGAGGUCCUGGAGGUCACCGGUCGUUCGCUGAAGCUUCGCUUGGUGCCGUUGCUUCCCGUCCGUCCCAAAUCUGCCUCUUGAAGUUCAAGUGGUCGCCUGGAAGCAAGGUGUUGCUCGCCGGAAUUUUGAAGCACUGCCAUCGCCGAGAUUCGUUCGCCGCAUAGGAGUUCCUGACCGUUGCCUGAGAAACGGUGGGUCACUGAACUUAGUUCGUCGCCGGAAAUUGAGGCUUGGAUUUUGGAUCCAAAGCCUGUUCGCGAGGUCAAAAGCUGAACGCAGUCAGCUCGCAGAAAGCAGAGGACCGUCGCCGGAGAUUGCUCGCCGUUCCUCUGGAACUCAUCUCCGGUGGUCGCUCGUUGCUAGGCCCGUCGCCCGCCGGUCGAAGCCAGCCCCUGGUUUCCUGACUUCCUCCGUGUUCGCAGAAGGCGUGUCGCAGACAUUGUUCUGAUCGCUGAGGCCUGGAACGAAGAAGAAGAAAAGGUAGUUGGAGUACUGGGCUUUUGGGCUUCUGGACCUGGGCUGGUAGUUUUCCUUUUUUUUUAGCUUCUGGACCAACUGGAGCUAGGAGCUGAGGUUGCUGUUUUUUGGACUGGGCUGGAGCUGGAGCUUGGACCGGGCUAGAGUUGCUGACUUGGACUGCUAGAGGUGCUGGACCACCGGUCAACGCCAGUCAACGCGGUCAACAGUCAGUCAACCCUCCAGAAAAAUCCCAAUUUUUUUAAAUUGGGUAGGUAAGGUCGAAACGCUCUCCUAGGGUUUCGCGAAGGUAAGUUUUCUUUAAACUUCCUAUUUGUAAUUUUCCGGCUUUAAUUUAAUUUAAUUUAUUCCCCCUCCCCGCGGGCCGCCGGUUGAUUUAAUCCCGGCCGCCAACCCCCCCCCCCCCCCAGGUACGUUCUAAACUCACUCCUUUGUGGCAGUUUGUUUUAGCUAAUUAAUUAAAUUGCUUUGUGUUAUUUAAUUUAAUUGUUAUGCGUAGGGGUGGUUUAUUGGGUGGUAGGGGUAGAAUUAAUUAAUUUAAUUUUUUCUGCCCGGAAUUGUUUAAUUGCCAAAAUGUCCAUUUUUUGCUAUGUGUUGCAUGCUGCCCGGGGUUAUUAAAGUGAAUACUUUAUAGCUCGGGUUGGAUUAUUUUCUGUCAUUUCUAUCUGUUUAGCUUUGUGUUCCUUUUGUGGUUGAUACCAUGGCUGCGAAUCAGUAUGGUAUGCUUCCAUUUAAUGGAAAAACAGAUUUUGAUAUUUGGAAACAGAAAAUAAAGUGUGUUUUAAUACAACAAAAAGUUUUCAGAGCUGUCACUGGUAUUUUCCUUGAAUCAGAAGAUAAGACUAAGCAAAUUGAAAUGAACGAAACUGCUUGUUCUACUAUUUACUUGAAUCUGUCUGAUUCUGUGCUUAGGAAAUUAAAGUGGGUAUUCUUGAGUCUGCUAAGGAGUUGUGGGAGAAAUUGGAUAGUCUCUAUACUGAUACCUCUUUGCCCGGGAAGUUGUUCUUACUAGAGAAAUUCUUUAGGUUUAGGCUUGACCUGACUAAGGAUAUAGAUGAGAACCUGGAUGUGUUUAAUAAACUGAUACAGAAUAUCAAACAGGCAGGUGAUAAACACAUAGAUGAUUAUACUCCCAUAGUGUUACUUAAUGCCAUUCCCGACUCUUAUAAUGAUGUUAAGUCCGCUAUUAAGUAUGGUAGGGAUGAGAUUUCAUUAGACAUUGUUGUUAAUGGGUUAAGGAGUAAGGAAUUAGACCUGAAGCAUGCUAGGGGUAGUGCUAGUCAGUCCAGGGACCCCGGUGAGGCUAUGUUUGUUAGAGGUAGAUCUAAGGGUAGGUCUAAGAAUCCUAAGCAAAAUAGUCAGGGUAAGAACACUAGUCAGCCUGGGAGGAAGAGGAGUAAAUCUAGGAAGAGAGUGUGUUACAAUUGUGGUAACACUGGCCAUUUCAUUAAGGAUUGCCCCCACCCUAAGAAGACCGAGCAUGCUAGUGUAGCUGUUGAUAAAUGUGACCUUGGUGAUAUUUUGAUGGUUUGUGACCAUGUUAAUUCUGUGAGAAAUUCCCUGUCUGAGCAUGAAUGGUUGAUUGACUCUGGUUGUACCUAUCACAUGUCCCCCUUUAGAGAUUUGUUUUCUACUUAUGAAUUAUGUGAUGGUGGCUACGUUUCCUUAGCUGAUAAUAAGAGAUGCAAUGUGCUUGGUGUUGGUGAUAUUUGUCUGAAAUUUUCUUGUGGCUCUGUGUUUACCAUUAAGAAUGUGAGGCAUGUCCCUGAUUUGUGUCAUAACUUGUUAUCUGUUGCUGCUUUGGAGAGUAGUGGGUUACAGGGAAAAUGGGGGAAUGGUUGUAUGAAAAUCCUGAAGAACUCGCUUGUUUUGUUUAAAGCUGAGAAGGUGAAUAACCUUUAUGUGUGUCAUGCUAAACCUUUUGCUGAGUCUGUGAAUGUUGUAUGUUCUGAUAAGACCUCUUUGUGGCAUAAUAGGCUAGGACAUAUGAGCAAUAAGGGUUUAGAUGUCAUGCAUAGGGCUGGUUAUUUUGGUAGGGACUCUGUGACUUCUGUGCCUUUCUGUGAAUCAUGUGUGUUAGGCAAGCAGCAUAGAGUCAGCUUCCCUCCUUCCUCUUACCCUAAUCUGUCUAAGUGUUCGUCUGUGCUUGAAUAUGUUCAUGCCGAUGUUUGGGUUCCUGCCAAUGUUCCUACCCACGGGGGGUAGGAAAUACUUCCUUUCUAUCAUUGAUGAUUUCUCUAGGAAGGUGUGGGUUUGCCUUUUAGAACACAAGUCUGAUGUGUUUGUAAGGUUUAGGGAGUGGAAAACCCUAGUUGAAAACCAAACUGGCAGGAAGGUUAAAAGCCUUAGGAUCGAUAACGGGUUAGAGUUCUGUAAUAAGGAGAUGGAUAAGUUGUGUGUGGAUUGUGGGAUAAAAAGACACAAAAUUGUGCCUUAUACUCCCCAACAGAAUGGGAUAGCAGAGAGAAUGAAUAGGUCUCUAUUGGAUAAGGUUAUAAGCAUGUUAGCUACCUCUGGUUUGUCUAAGAAAUUCUGGGGUGAAGCAGUUACCACUGCUGCCUAUUUGGUUAAUAGGUCCCCGUCUGUCCCUCUUGGUGGUAAGUGUCCUGAAGCCGUCUUUACCGGUAAGCCUCUUGAUCUGUCUAACCUUCGGGUGUUUGGUUGUGCAGCGUAUGCACAUCAACAGGGUGACAAGUUGGAUCCUAGGUCUAAGAAAUGUGUCUUCCUAGGUUAUCCAGAGGGGGUAAAGGGUUACAGGUUAUGGGAUAGGAACCAGGUAGGCUUUAAAGUGGUCCUUAGCAGAAAUGUGGUGUUUAAUGAAACUGAUUUUCCUUGCUUGACCAAGUCUGUUUCUGAUCCUGAGUCUAGGUCUGAUAGUACUCCUAGUGAGGUGGAGUCUGUCCCUGUUGCUGCAAGUCCUUUGUCUGUUGAUCCUGUUAUUACUGAUGAUAUUGUUAUGCAUGAUUCUGAUUCCUCUGAGCAUGAUAGUCCCACCACCUCGAGUGAGGUGGAGCAUUUGCAUGAUACUGAGCAUGAUUUGCAUGAUAUGGGUGCUGAAUCUGAUUUUCAUGAUAACAAUAAUUUGCAUGAGUUGCAUGUGGAGCCUAGUAGUGAUAAUUUGCAUGAUUAUCAACUUGCUAGAGAUAGGAGUAGAAGGGCUAUCAGGAGAACUGCUGAUAGUAUGCCUGAUUAUGCUUUCAUUGUGCAUGAUACUUCUAUGUUUGCAUUUUCUGUGUUUGAAUCCCUAGAACUGAAUGAACCCAAGACCUACCGUGAAGCCUUAGGUUCCAAAGAGUCUCAGAAAUGGAUUAGUGCCAUGAAAAGUGAGAUGGACUCUUUGAGAGUGAACCAGACUUGGACCCUUGUACCUAGACCCCCCAACUGUUCGGUAGUUGAGUGUAAGUGGUUGUUUAAGGUUAAGGAAGAACCUAGUGAUGUUAGGUUUAAGGCUAGGUUGGUUGCGAAGGGGUUUACUCAAAAAGAGGGGGUAGAUUAUGCAGAAAUCUUUGCUCCUGUUGUUAAAUUCACCACUAUUCGUAUGAUGCUUGCUUUAGUUGCUCACCAUGACUGGGAAAUGAAACAGAUGGAUGUAACUACUGCAUUUUUGCAUGGUGAAUUGGACAAAACAAUUUAUAUGACCCAGCCUGAGGGCUUUGUGGAUCCCAAGAGAAGUGAGCAUGUCUGUUUGCUUAGGAAGGCUUUGUAUGGCCUGAAGCAAUCCCCUAGGUAGUGGAACAUCAAAUUUGAUAAAUGCAUGAUAUCUUUGAAGUUCCAAAAAUCUGUUUGUGAUCAUUGCCUGUAUUUCAAGAAUACUUCCUCUGUGCCUGUAUUUUUGUUACUCUAUGUGGAUGACAUGCUGAUAAUUAGUCCUUCUCUGAAUGCUAUUAAAGAUGUGCAGAAAUGUCUUUGUGCGAAUUUUGCCAUGAAAGACCUAGAUGAUGCCAAGAGGAUCCUAGGCAUAAACAUUGUUAGGGAUAGGAGUAAGUGUACUCUUACUUUGAAUCAGAUUUCUUACAUAGAAAAAGUUUUGAGUAAAUUCAAUAUGUUAUAUGCUUCUCCUGUUAAUGUCCCUAUGGCAUCUCACUUUGUGUUAAGUAAGGACCAGUCUCCCAAGACUGCUCUUGAAAUUGAGAAAAUGAAAUAUGUGCCUUAUUCCAGCGCAAUAGGGUCGGUGAUGUAUCUUAUGGUUAGCACUAGACCUGAUAUUGCAUAUGCGGUUAGUUGCUUGAGUAGAUAUAUGUCCAACCCUGGUUUGCCCCAUUAGAAUGCUCUUAAGUGGUUGCUUAGAUAUCUGAUUUCUACUGUGAAGCAUGGAUUAAUUUUCUCUAAAUGUGCUAGUGGUAUUGAAUUGAUUGGUUAUGUUGAUUCUAACUAUGCAAAUGAUAGAGAUAACAGGAAGUCGACCACUUCUUAUGUUUUUACUUUGUGUGGCUCUUGCAUUAGUUGGAAGUCUCAACUACAGCCUAUUGUGGCCCUUUCUACCACUGAGUCCGAGUAUGUUGCAGCCACAGAAGCGUUUAAGGAAGCCAUCUUCUGGCUCAAACGCCUUGUCUCCGAAAUUGGGUUUCUCAAAAAGGGAGUUACCAUUUUCUCGGAUAGCCAAUCGGCUAUCCAACUUUGCAAAAAUACUGUAUUUCAUGAUAGAACUAAGCAUAUUGAUGUUAGGUUCCAUUUCAUACGUGAUAUUGUUGAUGCAGGUGGAGUCAAGUUGUGCAAGAUCCCGUCGGAGUUUAACCCUGUGGAUAUGGGUACCAAGUGUCUUUCUGCUGAGAAGCACUUGUCCUGUAAACGCGUGUUAAACUUUGAUUGUAGAUAACUGUGGGUUGCCUAAUAAAGUGUUUGCCCGUUGUGUCUGUUGAUAUUCCGGGUGACCCGGCGAUGAUGAGUCUUGUCACAACUUUGUUUUGUUACUCUACACCACCUAGGACCAAUAAGGUGGAGAAUGUUGGAGGUAUUGGUCCUACCAAGGCCCCCCUUCCACUUUAUUUGUUGAGGCUUGCACACUCUAUUUUAUUCUCCCUUGGAUACCUUUUCUUUGGUAUAUAUCCUGAUCAAAUAUAUACCUAUUUGAGUGGUUUGACUUACUCACUUGGCUGGCCCCUCCUCUGCUUCUGUCCGCUAGCUGCACUUCUUGUCUUGGUAGCAUGUGAAGUUUCUUUGUAUUGCAUCACCCGUGACCAUUUGUCUUUGUUCACCCGUGAGUGCCUAAUAGGCAAGAUGUCUAUUAUAAAGUCAACCCUCCCUUUGCCUUUGAGAGCAGCCUGCGUGAGUAUACUUCCAGAGAGCAGAGCUCCCUUUCUUCCUCCUUUGUGUGAGCAUAAGUUAGGUCCUUAGUGGAGAGAAAAAUGUGUGUGUGCUAUAGCCUCCUCCUAAGUGUGGUGUGUGAGAGUGUGUGUUGAAAGACCUGAGCCGGAGACGGAUAUACGAUCCUUACAUAAAUAUUAAUAGAAAAAAAGAACACAAGAUCACAAUAUAGCUUAAGCAAAUAAAAAAUAUAUAUGCACCGUAUCGGUGUCUCCAAAUGUGAAGAAAUUACCUCAUUAACACUGGUAAACGCUCUCAGGUUCAAUCACCUUGGAACAUAAUGAGAUUUGAUUUUUCUGAAGCUAUAACUGUAUCCUUCAACAUCUGAAUAAAGGUAAAGUGUAGUGUUAUUCUCUAAUUUGUUUAUAAUCUUGAAUUAUACUGAUUUUAGAUUGACAUAGAAAUGCAAUCCGAUCUUUUAUUGUCUCAACUUGUAUAUAAAACAAGAAAAAUCUCUUAAAGUAGAAUUAAGCAUUACUAAGUUAUAAAAACAAUGCCAUUUAAAAAAAUGCCACUAAUUUCUCUCAGCUUUUAGAAGAUGAAUUGUAGAGAUCUAUUUCUUUUGUGUAAAAUAAAUUGUAUUAAUGUUCAAGUUUACAAGACAUAUCCAUUAAUGAAAGAAAGACCGAUCGAUAAAAGCAAAGUAAUAGCACCAACAAAAAGCAAAACAACAAUAAAUAAAUUAUUAACAAAACUAAAUAAACCAAAGGAAUGAAUAAUAAAGACCAUCACUUGUCCCAAAUCACAAAAGAUGCCUAGGGAAAUCAAAGUGCGUUUCAGUCCACCCAUAAACAAAGAGGCUACUACUCAUUUCAAAUACAAAUCUAUAAACCAACCACCCUAAUCCAAAUAAUAGCACAUCCUUAAAAAGGCCAAAACUAGCUAUUUCUCCUAUAUUAGAAAAUAGAACUACUUAAAGCAUUUUCCAGGACAAUCUUAAAAGUUAAUCUAACAAAUGGAGACCCAGACACCGUAGGUUUGUUGUCCUCAUUUCCCACUUAAACCAAUUGUUAUGUGUGUUAUUAAAGGACUAUGAUUAAGCAUGACUAUACAUACACUAAGUUGUGGGCACACAGUACAAUAAGCAGCGAAAAUUGAUGAAAAGUUAAACAAAAAAACUCCAUAAGAAAAGGAUAUUGUGCCAUAAAAAGGGUGAAACAAUCCCUCUCAAACUGCUUUAGGCAUGAAAUAUCAUAUACAGAUUUCUAUCCCACUUCUUUACAGAUUUAAUGUCCCCACUUCUAUUUACUACAAGUAUGUAGCACUAGUUUUAGCAGUUGGUAUACCAUGGGAGCGGCUCACAAUGAGCAUCCUGCUCCCAGGCUUCUCUUUGUAAAUUUUAACAGCAUAUUGAUGUAACUCGUAUAUAAAGGAAUGUAACUUACAUUGAAAAGAAAUGUAAUUUGAGCGAAGUUGAAAUGUAAGUUAUCUAAAACAGAGUAUAAGAAGUAAAACAUUGAUUUUAAUUUAAAUAAUGAAAAAAGAAGUCUAAUUGUCCAUUUAUUUUACAUAAAUAGUGUACAUGUUUUGUUUUUAAUAUCAAGACUAUAAAUAUGUGUUUUUAUAAUUUGUUUUUGAAUAGCAGGGACUUGUUAAGUUGUGUAACUCGCAUUAUAUUGUGGUGUAACUUGCAUUAUUGAACAUGUAAAUCACGGGGUAAGUGGGAUGCAACUUGUUAAGAAAUUUUGACAUGUAACUUACCCUUAUAGAUAUGUGACUUUAGGCAAAUCCUGAUGUAACUUGAAUGUGCGCAAGAUGUAAAUUGAGGAAAGUCUAAAAUAACUCAUAGCAGUCAUCUUCAACAUACAAGCAAGCCGAGUCUUCUUCAUUAGAAUAUAUACUCUUAUAUUCAAAAAAUUAUUACUAGUAUACAUAUACGUAGUAUAUUAAAACAAACAUUUAGCUGUAAGUCUUUAAAUUUGCCCACACAUGCGCACUCGAAAUCCAAAAUACAGCAUGGUCUACAAUAUUCAGGAACAAGGCCUAGCCGCAUAUCGCCGACGAUUUACUUCGGUUCGCAGGGGAUGGCGUGAAGAUACUCACAUCGGCCACACCGGCAAUCGACCUAAUUGCUACAUCUGUGCAACCAAUUUAAGGGAAGACAAUUGCACAAAAGGCGGGAGUGGAGAGGUGUUCCAUGGGGGAGAUGAAACAGCAAAGGAGAAAUCCGUAGAUUUGCAUUUUUUUUUUUAAUACGAAGCAUAAAACGGUCUGGUUUUGAAUAAGAUAAUGUAAAACACCGCCGUUUUGUAGAAAAAGUUUAUACCCCAAAUUAAAAUGAAUUAUAAGUAUUACAAGUAUUAAUUUAUAUUACGUAUGUAGUACGUAGUACUACUUAACUAUUUUUAUUAGAGAAAAUUACCGCUCGAAUGACUAAACGAAUACUACCUCCGUCCCAAAAAGAGUUGCAAAUUUGACUUUUCUUAGUCAAACAGUCUCGUUUUGUUUACUUAAUUAGGAUAUCAAUUUUUAAUUAUAUUCUAAUUUGGAGUUUACAACUUUGAAGUGAUUUUAAUGUAGUUUUUGAAUAUGUAAAUUUUAAUUAUUAAAAAUUGAAUUAAUUAUCCAUACGGAGGGUUGACUUUUAUUAUUAGUUGACCAAAAAUUGUUGACUUUGCAAAACAAAUUGGGACGGAGGGAGUAUGACAGAAUUUUUUUGAUCGUAACGAAUAUGACAGAAUUAUUAAAUUAAAUAAUAUUCUUUAAUCUUUCAGGUGAAUGGAUUGAAAACGGUAGAGCUUACAGUCAACAUGCAUUGCAAAGCUUGUGCGCAACAACUUAAAAGAAAGAUACUCAAAAUGAAAGGAGUGAGAAAAGUGGAAACAGAAGUAGACUCCGGUAAAGUGACGGUGAUGGGGACGAUGGACGCCGAAAUGCUAGUGGAAAAUGUCUAUCGGGGAACUAAAAAGCAAGCAAAGAUCGUCCCUCAGGUUGAGCCUGAAAACCCACCGAAUAUUGAACCAAAACAGGAGGAGAAUAAAGAAGAGAAAGAGAAGCCGGCGGACGAGCCCACCAAGCCCGAUGAUGAGAAAACUGAAGGUGGAAGUCCGCCGCCGCAAGAGGAGGAGGAGAUUUCGAAGAAUCAGCCGGUAGCGGAAGAAGAGAACGUAAGAGAAGGGAAGAAGAUGAUGAACUAUUACCAACCACUUUACAACAUUGAGAGAAUUCUACCGGCGCCGCACAUCUUUUCCGACGAAAACCCCCACGCGUGUUGCAUUUCAUGACAGUAAUUUACAGUUUCCGUACAUGUAUGUAUAUUUAUUGAAUUAAUAAUGCGAUUUAUUAUUGUACGACUUCCCUAGCUUGAUUAAUCAAUAAAUAACGCCUUCAUUACUU